CGAUGUGACGUCACUGAGCAGCUGACGAAGGAAAACAGAUCGUAUGGAGAGGUUGUGCUUCUCCAGCUUAGUCGCAGUAGAGAAUUUAGUGGAUUUUGACCGUUAGAUCACCAUGGCUGUACAUUGAUUAAAGUUCUCGUUAGCUGCAAGUGUCUUGGAUCUUUUGGCAGAGAAUGUUGUAGCAAGGAAGUGUUGACUGACGUCAGGAAAGACAAGGUUGCACUUGAAGUUUCCUUAUUGUGAGAACCAAAGAUGGGGGGAGCUGUGAGUGCUGGAGUGGACAAUGAUGACCUUGUUGAUAACCUUAAAGCUGCCAACUACAUCACUACUCCACUGCUUGAACGUGUGUUCAGAGCAGUGGAUCGCGGGAACUACUUUACAGCAGAAAAUCGUGAGCAAGCGUAUCGAGACAACGCAUGGAAAAAGGGGAAUUUACAUUUAUCAGCCCCCUGCAUAUAUGCAAAGGUAAUGGAAGGCCUACAGCUAGCCCCAGGGCAUUCAUUUCUCAACCUGGGCUCUGGCACGGGUUACCUCUCCACUAUGGCAGGCCUCAUUAUAGGUCCGUACGGCAUCAAUCAUGGAGUGGAGCUUCACGCAGAUGUCGUUAAGUAUGGACUUGAGAGGUUAGAAGAAUUUAAGAGAGUUUCGCCAGCCAUUGAUGCUUUCACUUUCUGUGAUCCUCAGUUUGUACAAGGGAAUUGUUUAUGUUUGCCUCCGGAUAUGCGUCUGUAUGAUCGUGUAUACUGUGGAGCCUCCUGUCCCGAGACUCAUGAGCAGUAUAUGAAGGCUCUUAUUAAACCAGGAGGUGUAUUGGUAAUGCCAAUUAAUGACCAGCUGGUUAAGAUGACUCGCAAUGGAUCAAACACAUGGGAAACUGUUUCCUUGUUGCCCGUCUCUUUCUCUUCACUUGUUAUGCCAGAUCCCAACCACCCUCCAGCCACUGUCUCUCUCCCUGGUGUGGAGCUGCCAGAUCUUCAGGACAUGUGCCGUCAGGAGCUUCGUUCACUCCUCCGUGCAAAUGUUGAACAUGAGCAUCCUGAUUUGGUCACAGCUGCAAACAGACCAGUUCACAAACUCUCAAGGCCUCGUGAUCGUCGACAAAUCAGGCGUAUUGUUGUUCCCUACGUUCCUGUCCCUUUCUAUGAAUCUGAUGAUGACCCUCAGAUGAUAUCAGAUGAUGACAACGAAGAUAGGGAUGACCGUGAUACUCUCAAUGAUGCUCAGCGCCACACAGCAAAUCAAAUAUCAGCCUUCAUUGAAUUGGCUAGAAACCUUGCAGGACAGAGGAGGAUUGAGAGGGACAGAGAAGACAUUGAAACCAGACAAAACCAACGUGAAGAAAGAGAUGCAGAUAUUGAUGGACUGGAAGAGGACAGAGAGGAAGGAAACAAUGAUGAUGCACACAACAGCACGAAUGAUUCCGACAUUGAAGAGAAUCAUGAUGAUGAAACAGAACCCAAGGAACCUCUAAAACGAACUGAUUUUCUCAAAGAUAAGGAAGUGAACAAAGAUGUUGAAGAAGUGCUUGCAGAAACUUCUCGGAAUGGUGAAGAACCAGCACCGUCAGUUUCUACUCUUCCACAUUCUGACCCAAUACCCAUGACCUCCACACCUGUGAUGCCAGUUAAGUCAAAUAAAAAACGAGAAAAGUUUGACAGCGGAGUCGGGGAUGAGAUAGAAAAUGGCAAAGGACCCAGCUCAGAAUCGGAUCAAGGGGAUGAUGGUGACAUUGACAUGGACAUUGAUUCUACUGAUUCAGAUUACUCUGAUCACUCUGCCCUAAGAAAAAAAGUGUCACGGCUUCUAGAUGCAGAUGAUCCUAACUGCCCUUGCGGUGGAAACUGCAGUGAGACAUUUAAAACGAGAAGAGGGGAUGGAGAUGAAGCAGAAGGUAAUGAAGAGGAAGAAGGUGACAGUCCUAAGAGAGUAUCUGCUGCAGAGACAUAUUCUACUCAUAUGCGAGAGAAGAUUAGUUUACUCCCUCUCCCGCAUGCCCUAAAAUUGUACCUGAACUAUAAUAGGGAAUUGUAAGUCAGGGCUUUUUGGACAGUUCCUUUAUGGAUUGUGAGAUAUCCAUUGGUUCACUCGUGUAAGAAUUUCAUUAUAUAGUUUGUUUUUCUUAUACAAAACAAUAGCUCAUUAUUGUUGGUAUGUGUGAUAACCAUUAGAGUGAAGUUGAAAAUGGGUUAUGUUUAAUGCACUUUAAAUGCAUUAGCAAUGUUAAACUCCAUAGAUAAUGUGCAGUGGAGAUUCUUUUCUCUGUACCAGGUUAAUGUCUAAUUUUGGGUACACUCUGUACUGGCUACUUGUAUGCUAGGAGUUCACCAUGAUCCUGGACAGUUACAAAUUGCAUAUCUUAUUUAAAGCAUGAGUGGAGCUAUGAGUUUUCCUGUUAUGGAUGUGGAGGAGCUACAUCCUGGAUAGGCUGUUACCCAACUGAAGGAAUGGUUUAUUUUAUUUUAUUUUUACAUUGUAACUCAGCUGGCUCACUUUUACCAUGGCCCACCCUCCGUCCGUUUUUGUCAUCUUUCUUCUUUCUCUCAAAAGUUAUCAGUUGCGUCACCGUGAGGUGUAGCACGGAUAUCCCUUUGGGUAUCCCAUUAAAGGUUGUUUAUGGGAUCCCAGUCAAAAAAAUUUUUCAUUCUGGUCGGUUUUUAUGGAACAUCGUUGACACGAAAAAAUGACCAGCCAAAUUAACAUUAAACCUGUGCAGGUAGACCAUGGUUAGUCUGAUCAGUAUGUGUCAAGCUGAUAAUUGGCAGAGUUAAAACAAUAAUGUUGAUCUAUAGUAGAGAAUUUUUGAGGGCCAGCAGAGUUUGUGGCCAUAACUGGCUGCAUCUAUUUGUUUCUUUAUAUGGAUCAUAUAUUAGCAGCUUCAUAGAAAUAUGAUUCAGUGAUUGUCUGAGGUGUCUGUAAGUUGUCAUUAAUUUAUUGUUCACACACUGAAGUUGUACUACUUUGUAUUGGCAGUUUGCUAAUGUAGUUAUUGCCAUGUCAGAGGAGUGGGAGAACUAGGAGGAGCAUGAUGGCAGUGUUGGUAGUUACAAAAAACUGAUAUUGUGAUAGUCAGUACUCUGUACACUUAAACCCAACAUAAAUACAAUAUAAUAGAAUUAAGUUCAAUAUUGAAUAAAUUUGUAUCUGAUAUUGUACACACAGUUAGAGGAACUAGAUGAGGAAAUGCGCUAGUUGAGCCAAUCAAGGACCAAAGUUAUAUUAAAUAGUUAAAAGGUAAAAUAAAAAA